AUGUCUUCGAGCUCUCCUUUUCAAAGGGGGACCGAGCAGGACGCAGAGCUUGGAGUCCCUCUGCUGGAAGAUGAGCACUAUGAUGAGACGUCCUGGCCCAGCUUCCCAGACAUCUGGCAGGAAAUACUCAAGCAGAGCAAGCUGGCGCUACCAUUGGGCGUCAACCUGAUAGUCAACUACUCAAUCACCACCAUAUCCCUGACCUUCAACUCCCACCUGGGCACGCAAGCCGUGGCGGCUGCCUCACUCGCGAGUGCCACCUACUGGAUGUUUGGCAAGCUCCUUGUCCAGAGCUUGUGCGGCGCGCUAGACACUCGAGCCUCUCAGGCGUAUGGGUCCGGCGCGUACGAUGCCAUCGGGGUGAUAUUUCAGCGCUGCGUGCUGUUCAUGCUCGCACACUGCAUCCCCAUCACGUUCGUGCAGCUGGCGGUCCCAGAGUUGCUGAAGCUGGCAGGCGAGGACGCAGAGCUGUGCAGACUGGCCUCUGCCUAUGCACUCCGCCUGCUGCCCAGCCUCUACCUGGAAGCCCUCAGCAGGCCGCUGAACAGGGUGCUCAUAGCGCAGCGCAUAGCAGCGCCACAGAUGGCCAUAUCCAUGGUGGUGGCGGGCGUGCAUGUGUUUGCCAACAUCUUCUUCAUCCACACCCUGGGCUUUGGUUUCCUUGGAGCGGCGUACGCCAUCUGCCUGGCCUCGUUGAAUAACACGCUGCUGACUGCGGGUUACAUCAUCGUGGCCGGCAUGCAGGACCGCGUAUGGGGCCAGCCCACCUGGGAUGCCUUCAAGCGUUGGGGGGAGUUUGCGCGGUUGGCGUACAGCUCGUGCUUCAUGAAGGUGGCGGAGUCCUGGGCGUUUGGCAUGAUCGUGCUCCUGGCAGGGCUUAUGCCCGACCCAGACCGCUCUGUUGCGUCAGCAUCCAUUACCUUCAACGCCUACGGCAUCACAUACAUGGUGUUCUUAGCGCAGAGCAUUGCCGUCAGCACCAGGGUAGGAAACGAGCUGGGCGCGGGCCGGCCGAGGGCAGCGCGCACGGCGGCGGCGGCGGGAGUGACUGUGACGCCGCUGCUGUGGGCCGUGAUUGCGGUGAUUUUAGCGGAGCCGCACCUGCAGCGGUUGGUGCUGCUGCUGUAUCUGGACGGCAGCGACCCCGUGCUGUGGCGCUCCCUCUCCCGCCUGCUGCUCAUUGUGGCUGUUGUGGAGCUGUUUGAUGGGCUGCAGACCACAUUGGGCGGCGUCGUGCAGGGGAGUGGGAAGCAGCAGAGGGGGGCGUUGAUAAACGUGGUGGCGUUUUAUAUUUUUGCGCUGCCCUUAGCGGCGUUCUUGGGAUUCUACUGUCAGUGGGAUGUGACAGGACUAUUUGCGGGGAUGGGCAUGGGUCCCUUUGUGCAAAGCAUAUUGUAUGGCUUGCUGGUGCUGCGAUUGGACUGGAAGAAGGAGUCCAACAAGGCGGCUGAGCUGGCAGGCAGGGAGGAGGCUGAGGUGUUGAUCAGGCGGCUGUCAGAGUCGAUGUCUGCCGCUGAGAGGCUGCUGACAAAUGGGUCGCUGGAUAACAUGCAAGUUGGCUGCGUGAAUGUCGCUGCAGCACGUGUGCUGCAGUCGAGUCCCGGGGAAUGGCGGGAGUCCUCAUCAGAGCAGGGCCAGUCAUGA